CCCGCCCCGCCCCUCCGCCCGCGAGGGCCCUGCGGGCGCGACCAGGGAGCCGCUGUCCCUGGGCUAACUUGGGGCAGCCUGCCCGCAACCACCCGACGAGGAGAACAUACAGUGUCCUGGCGAAAGCAGCACAGAGAAGAAGGCUGGAUGGUUGGAUUGGGAGGCUUGGUUUGGCUGUCACCAAGAGCACGUCAAAUAUCAAGAGUCCUUUUCUACUCCUGGAAACCCUGGUGGUGUAGUGGUUAAGAGCUACAGCUCCAAACCAAAAGAAUGCUUUGCCGAUUUGCUGACUCUGAGGAAACUUACCCAACAACUUAGAAGUUGUUACCUAAGAGUGCUUACAUUAGCAGACAGGUCUCUUCUCUCUAGGGAUGGUGAAGUCAGCGAAACGCUCCUUUAACGCUCCUCCAGGGUGAACCACCUACCAGAAGACAUGGAGAAUGCUCUCACUGGGAGCCAGAGGUCUCAUGCUUCUCUGCGUGAUGUCCAUUCCAUCAACCCCACACAGCUCAUGGCCAGGAUUGAGUCCUAUGAAGGAAGGGAAAAGAAAGGCAUAUCCGAUGUCAGGAGGACUUUCUGUCUGUUUGUCACCUUUGACCUCUUAUUUGUAACAUUACUGUGGAUAAUAGAGUUAAAUGUGAAUGGAGGCAUCGAGAGCACGUUGGAGAAGGAGGUAGUGCGGUAUGACUACUACUCUUCUUAUUUUGAUAUAUUUCUUUUGGCAGUUUUUCGAUUUAAAGUGUUAAUACUUGCAUAUGCUGUAUGCAGACUGCGCCAUUGGUGGGCAAUCGCGUUGACGACCGCAGUGACCAGUGCCUUUUUAUUAGCAAAAGUGAUCCUCUCAAAGCUUUUCUCUCAAGGGGCUUUUGGCUAUGUGCUGCCCAUCAUUUCAUUCAUCCUUGCCUGGAUUGAGACCUGGUUCCUGGAUUUCAAAGUGUUACCUCAAGAAGCGGAAGAAGAAAACAGACUCCUACUAGUUCAAGAUGCUUCAGAGAGGGCAGCACUUAUACCUGGUGGUCUUUCUGAUGGUCAGUUUUAUUCUCCUCCUGAAUCUGAAGCAGGAUCUGAAGAAGAAGCUGAAGAAAAACAGGACAGUGAAAAACCACUCUUAGACCUAUGAGUGUACUGCUUUUCUUAAAUGUGAAAAGCCCUUCCCGAAUGUCAUCAGAGGAGGAAAAAAGGCUGGCGAUGGGGGUCUCCUUCUGGAAAGUAGAAAUGCUGACAUCCACUGCUGACUUUGUUGAAUGGCUGAUAAGAACUUAUUUAUUAUAAUACCUCACAGACAUUGUACCAUAUCCACGUACAUUUAGUAGCCUGCUUGGGGCCAGUAAGAUAAUGUCAUGAUCCAUUCUGUUUUCAGUGAGAAUGAAUCUGAUCUGUUCAUGAAUCAUCGCAGAAGUCUUGUGCUGUAUUCAUAAUCAGAACACUUCUUAAUAUAUUGACAUAACAGUUUUUUGGUAAACGAAGUACCUUUUUAUUUUGAUUCACAGUAUGGAGGUUUUUGUUUUGUGUCUCAAACUUAGUUUGUAUUUCUUUUGUAACACCCCAUGUUUCCCUUGUGUUUUUUAACUCAUGCACAUGCACUCUUUGUACAAUUUUAAAAUGUUAAUAAAAUCCACCCUAUCAAAAC